UUUUUUUAAAUAACAAUAGAUAAUUGCAUAUUAAUUUUUAUUUUUUAACAUGAACACAUAUUAAAAAUCCUAUGCAUUUAUAGAUCCCUUGGUAGAAGCCGCGUUGCAGCGCUUAAAGAUAACAGAGUGCGUCUGCUGCAUGAUGUCAUCGAGCUCAGGGAAGAUGGCUGCGGUGUGUGGUGGAGAUGGAUGCUUGGGAUUAAUUGGGCAGAUUUCUGAUGCACAUGGGAAAAAACUGACCGAUCUGCCGGCAGAGUUACUCGAGUUCAUCCUGUGCUUCCCUGCUCUCAGUUACUUUGACAUAGCCAGCGUGUCUUGCAGCUGUAAGCGUCUACAUGACGUCUGUCACGGCAGGGGAAAGGUCUGGGAACACCAGUAUAAACUCAGAUGGCCCAGGUUGCUGAAGUACUACCGGCAGCUGGAGUGCUGUGAUUGGCUGAAGGAGUUCCGAACACGCCAAUCCGUGGGAUUGCAGAUCCGAAAAUCCAUCAAGUCGUUUUCCAAGCGCUUCUUUGUGGAAGUUCCUUGCGUUGGCCAGGUUCUGGGGGACAGCUUCAAGGAGCUCGAGUCCCUUGGAGCCCCCGAGCACUUCUGUGAGGACGAGCUGAUCUCCAUCCUGAACUCCGACAAGAGGAAGGGUUUGACGCUCAAGUACUAUGCAAAGAAAAUUCUUUACUUCCUUCGACAACAAAACGUCCUGAAGAGCCUGAAGGGUUUCUUCGGGAGAUCCCCAGACCAGCAGUGCCCCCUGGAGGGGGCUGUCCUGAUAGACCAGUACUGUAACCCUCUGGCAGAAAUCUCCCUAGAGAGCAUCUCAGCUCAGCUGGAGGAGAUUACUGCCAAGAUCAAGAAGACCCUGCAGGUGAAAAACCCAACACAUCCCAGUUUGAGAGAGGCAGGUGAGGAUCUGUCAACCCUGAUCCAUAGUUACAUUUGGAAGAGCCUUUAUAAAAGUUAACUAUAGCAUAGCAUA